AUGGGCGUACUCGGCCGAUUCAAGUCCUAUCUGAAGGGCCAUGAAAGUGUGCCUGGUGAGGCUAAACUACUUCGCAAAAUUGACACGUUUAUUUUGUCGUUCUGCUGCCUGUGCUACUUCGCGAAUUACCUGGAUCGCAGCAACCUUAACAAUGCUUAUGUUUCGGGAAUGAAGGAAGAGCUCAACUUCAAAGGAAAUGAACUCAACCAGAUCAACACUGUUUUCACUGUUGGGUAUAUCGUUGGGCAGUUGCCCUCCAACCUCGCAGUGACCUAUUGGCGACCGCAUCUUUUCUUCCCAGCGAUGAUGGUGAUAUGGGGUGCCUUGACCAUGGUAACUGCUGCAGUGCACAAUCCGCAGGGAAUCAUGGCUAUUCGCUUCUUCCUAGGGUUGGCUGAGUCGAGUACUUUUGUCGGAACACACUACAUUCUAGGUUCCUGGUACACGGAGAAAGAGCUUGGGAAGCGAAGUGGUAUUUUCACCGCGUCGGGCCUAGCUGGAACGAUGUUCGGAGGCUUUAUUCAAACCGGCAUUCAGUCAUCUCUUGAUGGCAGACACGGCCUGUCAGGGUGGCGAUGGCUAUUCAUCAUUGACGGUUUGAUCACUAUACCGAUCGCGAUCUACGGAUUCAUGCUCUUCCCAGAUACACCGACAACAACGAAAGCCCCUUAUCUGAGCUCGGAGGAGCGUGCCAUGGCCAUCGCGCGUAUUCCAGAAUCUGCCGCCGAGAAAGUCCCUUUGAACCUUGCUUUCGCAAAACGCCUAUUCACCUCUUGGUAUUGGUACGCAUUCGUCAUGUUGUGGGUUAUCGCUGGUGAAACAGAAUCAUUCUCUACCAACGCCCUGCUCGCGCUUUACAUGAAGGCUCAUCCAACCAAUCACUAUACUGUCGCCCAAUUGAACAACUAUCCAACCGGAAUUCCCGCUGUUGGUAUUAUAUCCACACUGUUUUGGGCGACCUUGACCGACUUUAUGGGCGGCAAACGGUAUCUGGUUGGAUAUUUUAUCGCAAUGACAGGGAUAGUCACAUCUGUUUUGAUCUUGACCCGCUUUGACGAUACUGCAGUUGUCUUUGCCGCAUAUUAUUGGGCUGGAUCUGUCUAUGCUUGCCAGGCUACAUUCUUUGCGUGGUGUAAUGAUGCCAUGCGCUAUCAGAAUGAUCGCUUCCGAUCCGUGGUAAUCGCGAGUAUGAACAUGGGCAGCAAUGCAGUGAAUGCCUGGUGGAUCUUGCUAUUUUACUCGGCCGACUUCGCACCGCGAUUCACCAAGGGUAUGUGGGCUAUGAUUGGGUGCUGUAUUGCUUUGGCUAUCUGGACGACGGGGAUUGUUCUUCUCACAAUGCGCGAGGAGAAGCAUAACGAAGUUCAGGACACACGUAUCAGAGAUUUAGAUGCCAAGCAAAUGGAUAGUGUUAGGGAGGUAUGA